UUUCAUUAAUCACUCCCUGACGCAGCGUUUUCUCAUUGUUUUAGGCCUAAGCAGUUUGAAAUGUUUUCUAAAAGCAGAACAGUGUGACGGCAGCUACAGGCAACGUCUUUAAAAAUGAUUGUCUAUCGACCAUUGUUGGUGUUACUGUGCGUGUCGCUAUCGUCAGCCGUGAGGAUCUUGUCAUUGCCUCUCAACUGCUCCCGACAGGAUCUGCAGUGUACAGCACAAACAAGUAAUUGUAUGGACCCAGCAUGGCGAAAUGUAAAUGAGUACACUCCGAACAGUCCAGAGGACCUGCAGGUGUCUGUGGACACCAGACAGGAUGAGAAGGGACACCUGCAACCUGUGCUGCUCGCUAACUGGAAGAUAAAGGAUGAUGGCAGUAUUAGUUACCUGAAAGCCACUGAGCUUCAUGUUCUGGUGACGACCACCAACCAGAACUUGUGUGUUCGAUAUUCUUUCAAAGAUAAACUACCAAUGAGAACUCUAUCAAAUGAGAAGUGGUCUUUCUCAGCCAACAUGCUAGUGUUGGACCCCGGUAAGAGAUACCGUGUCUCUGUCUUCAACAUCCCCAAACCAGAGCUGGACCACAGCAGCUACGACGUCAGCACUGAUGUCUUUGUUCCAGAUUGUCAAGAUCCAACAAUUCGGGGGACCCAGUUUUGCAUAGAGAGAGGAAGUCUUUGGCAGCCCAACAUCACUCUGGGUCAGACUAAAGUCAGUGGAAAAUCUGCGCUGGCUGUCAGCUUCAGCCCUGACAGACUCUGUGAGGAGUACAUAGUUAUUGUCCGCUGCUCCUCUACCCAGAAGGUACAGGGUACGUACAAGGCCAAUCAGAAGACCCUAAAUGUAACAUUCAACCUUGAUAAUUGGCCGAGACACUGCUGCCGGUUUGAAGCUGAGAUCAAUCCUCUUUUCCCACAAUGUGGCCCGGACUGUGUCCGUCGAAAAACAACUAAGGAUUUUUGUCGUGUUAUGCGACCAGAUGCCCCCAGAAUCUCUCUGUACACAUUUGUCGCCCCAGGAGUAGUGUUCAUGUGUGUAGUGAUGGCAAUUAUUAUGUACGUCCUCUGCAGGAAGCCAGGCCAACGUGGUGUUGCUCCAGAACCUAUGAGAAUUGAGAAACCACUGACACAUAUACAACCCCCCAAAGUGCUGGUCAUCUACUCCCAGGACCACCACCUCUACAAGGACAUCGUGCUAAAGCUCUGCGCCUUCCUCCAAGCAAAGUGUGGCACCAAGGUGCUGGUGGACUUGCUAGACUCCACCUCAAUUGGCAUGGUGGGUCGCAUUCGCUGGCUUGAGUGGCAACGGCAGCAGCUUAAAAACCCCUCUGACAAAAUACUGGUCCUGUGCUCGCGAGGUGUCCAGGCGAAGUGGAGGGCCAUGUGCGGUCAUGGUCGGGUGACACUGAGGGAAGAUGUCCUCUCCCCUACAGACGACAUGCUCACUCCCUUUCUCAACCUCUUCCUACCAGAUAUGUACCAGGCAGGCAAGCUGGGAAAGUACAUGGUGGCUUACUUUGAUGAAAUCAGCAGCGAUCAGGACGUGCCAUCUGUUUUUGACAUUGCAGUCAAAUACAAGUUGAUGAAGCAUUUUGAAGAACUGUACUUUCGCAUCCUAGACAUUGAGAAGUAUCAGCCAGGGCAGGUCAACCGCAUCAAGGGCAUUGGAGGGGACGAAUAUUUCAACUGUACCCCAGGUAGAGAUUUGAAAAAUGCCAUCGAAACCUUCCAGGCCUACCAGUUGGACAAUCCUGAUUGGUUUGAGAAGGAGUGUGUGCACAGUGAGGAGGAGGUCAUGACUGAGGCCAAUGUCCUCAUUAAGCAGCUGCAGAUCCCUCCAGUCCUCGAGUGCGUUCCUCUAAUCAGAGAAGGACUUCCUGUCUGCAUGCAUGAGGUAAAAAUCAACGAAAAUUGCAACAGUGUUCACGUCCUGUCACCUGAGCUGAACACUGAGCGCGAACUGUCGUCAGUGGUAGAACUUACUCCAGUUGUGAACCUUGAGGGCAAACAUCUGUAUCCGUCAGACCUGGAUGAGGUGUUCACAUCACAUCACCUGUAUCCUCAAAGCCCCAGUCCACAAUCUGUCUACGUAGUUGAGCCUGUUCAGAACAAGCCGCCACAACCAAGACAGAGCUGGCUCUACCUCAAGGAAGAACCAUUGGGUCAAAUUCCCACUGAGGAUGAUGAAGAGGAUUCCCUACUGCCUAUGAGCCAAUGCUCCACUCAUUCAGACCACAGAAUCUGGGCCCCACAGAACUCCCUGGAUUCAUACUCUCCAGAAUCCCCGUGUGCCAGCAUGCAGAGCCAAUAUUUCCCUCCAUCCCAAAUCAGCCAUUCCCAGCCUGUGGAGAUGCAGGACUAUGAGGUUCUGGAGCCCAGUGGGAAGGGUCAGAGCAGUGGAUCUGAUCAAGGCUACAUCUCCAAAAUGUCCUCCCAGCAUGAACCCCCUAUCAAAGAGGAUCCACUGGCAGCUCUUAGAAGGCUGCAGGAGGAGCUGUUUCAGAAGAAUCUUAGAUACUCUGAUAUAGAUACUGAAGGAAACUAAUGCUCUGUCCACCCCCGGCAAUAAGUACUGAACCUUCACUGACUUACAUCACCUCUUUGACAUCCUUUCCAUGUAGGAGGAUGUAAAAAGAGUAUCAAACGAGUUAAAUGCUCUUGUGAUCAAAAACUUUGCUCUGAAGAUCAUUUCUGAGGCUGUUCUGUAAAUAGUUUGCUUAUAGCAACUUUUGAUCUUUUGCAUCAUUAAAAUCAAUGUGAUCAUACCUUUAAAGAACAAAGAAGUAUACGCAGUAACUGGUGCAAUGUACACAUAGAUUUGCCAUGUCAGUUUUUUCCAACACGUUUUCAUCCUAGGUCACCGAAUACAGACAUGUCUGUAUGAGACACACCAGGUUGCCACAAAGCCCUUUUAACACGUGGUUAACA